AUGGCCAAUCAAGCUUCCAUGACCAACCUCGACUUGAGGUACUGGAUGCGCCACAGCGUCCCGCCGCUGCUCGCUCUCCUAAGAGCGGCAGGGUCAUACUCGGAAGCAGAUCAAGGCAAACAUAUCCAAUUCCUUUGCGAUCAUGUUCUCCCCAACUUUGGACCCCGCCCAACCGAUGAUUCCUCAAGCAAGUCGUGGUUCACCCAGAGUGGUUUUCCUAUGGAUCUCAGCCUGAACCUGAAUGCCGGGCAGCCAAAAGUGAGAUAUGCCUGGGAAUUCAUAGGUCCAAAUGGGCCCGAGGAUGGCGACAUGUACGCUAUAGGCGCCUUGCGAAAAUGCCUGGCAUCUCUCUCCACGGAGUUGGGAUUUAGCACUCAAUGGGCUGAUGCUCUACUGGAUGCCCUUGCUCCAACGUCUGAAGAAGCAACGACAACCCAGCAAAAUAUUCAACAGUGGCAAGCGAGUCUUUUGCCACCUGGGGUUGAGCCAAAGGCCGGAGCCAGGCUCCCCUUUGCAGCGGUGGCAUUUGGCCUAGAUGGCCCCCGGACUGAUACCAAGCUCUACAUUAGCCCCCAAAUCAAGGAGAUGGGGUCUGUUAAAUCUAUGAAUGAGACUAUCUGGAAUGUUGCGCGCCAUUUGGAACCUCCAAUUAGCCAGAACGCUAUUACGGCUGUUUCCGAAUUCCUUCUAGAGCGUCCCGGCCCACCUUGUAUGGAUUUGCUGUGCGUGGAUCUCGUUAAAGAACAAGAUUUACAUCGAGCCAGAUUCAAGAUCUACAUUCACACAACGAGCAAUUCAUUCAACACGGUUCAGCAGUGCAUCACCUUGGGCGGCCGACGGCAGGACGAAGUCACCCUAAAGAGCCUAGAGGUCUUGAGGUCUAUAUGGCAUCUUUUACUCCAAGAAAAGGAAGAGGUUACAAAUGACUACGAAAAACCAGUCAACGAUCCGGCAAUGCUAGUGAUGAAGCUCUUCUUCUGCAUCGAGAUUACUCCUGGUCAAGAUCUCCCAGAUGUCAAGUUGCAGGUUCCUAUUUUUAAUUAUUUAAAGAGCGAUUCGGAAACCAUUGAGAAUCUUGAGAAGAUUUUCCAAAAAUGCGGCCAGGAGUGGGCAGUAAAUGGGAAAUACAAAGAGGCCUUUGAACUUGCUUUGUAA